AUGACCGAUCAAGCGUCUGCGAAUGGCGCAGCGACCCCAACGUCCUCGAAGUUGAGCACCCUGGCUCUAACGGAAUACUCUGCCAUCCCCACCCCUACUUCCGAAAAGGAUGAAUACAAGGGACCUGACAGCCCGCCAUCUUGGGAUAUUCCUGAUGCCUUCCUACUUCCCAAUGGCUACCCAGAUUACCUUCGCCUGAUCUUGACAUCCCGCGUUUACGAGAUAACCACCGAAUCCCCACUUCACCAUGCCGUUAACCUCAGUAACCGCAUGGAAUGCCGAGUCCUCCUCAAGCGGGAGGAUAUGCUACCUGUAUUCAGCUUCAAGCUCCGCGGAGCUUACAAUAAGAUGGCUCACUUAUCCCACGAACAGCGGUGGAAAGGAGUUGUUGCGUGCUCAGCAGGUAAUCAUGCUCAGGGUGUUGCGUACUCGGCUCGCAAACUGAAGAUUCCCGCCACCAUCGUCAUGCCUUCGGGUACACCUGCCAUCAAGCACCUGAAUGUCGCUCGACUUGGCGGUAGCGUCGUCCUCCAUGGAAAUGAUUUUGAUGGCGCUAAAGAAGAGGCCCACCGUUUGGAAAAGACGCACGGCCUUACAAGCAUUCCGCCUUUCGAUGACCCGUAUGUUAUUGCUGGACAAGGAACCAUUGGAAUGGAAAUUCUGCGCCAGGCAAAUUUGGACAAGCUUGAGGCCGUUUUCUGCGCCAUUGGAGGAGGAGGUUUGAUUUCCGGUGUCGGCGUCUACCUGAAGCGUAUUGCGCCGCACGUCAAGGUGAUCGGAGUGGAAACACAUGAUGCCAGCGCAAUGGCCCAAUCGUUAAGCGAAGGUUCCCGUGUACUAUUGAAUGAAGUGGGUCUUUUCGCGGAUGGCACAGCAGUCAAGACUGUUGGAUCAGAAUGCUAUCGUGUGGCUCGUGAAGUAUUGGAUGAGAUUAUCCUAGUCUCCACGGACGAAACCUGCGCUGCGAUCAAGGAUGUUUUCGAAGACACACGGUCUAUCAUCGAACCCGCGGGUGCUCUCGCCAUUGCAGGCUUGAAGAAAUACGUCGCGAAAUACCCUAGCCCUCACACCAGCCGUGAGCUGGUUGCAAUUACCUCCGGGGCGAAUAUGGACUUCGACCGAUUGCGGUUUGUUGCAGAGCGUGCUGCUUUAGGUGAGCGCAAAGAAGCCCUCCUGAGUGUCAAGAUCCCUGAGCAGCCGGGUGCUUUCGCCAAAUUAGUGGAGAUCGUUCUUCCACAUGCCGUCACUGCGUUUAACUACCGCUAUGCGGACGAAAACUCUGCCGAUGUCCUCAUGGGUAUUUCCUUGUCCGCCUCGACUGGCCGUGAUGAUCUGGCAAAGAUUAUGGCUGAGCUAGCCAGAGGUGGUAUGGACUCAAGAGAUCUUAGCGAUGACGAGCUUGCUAAACGGCACGUGCGUUUCCUGGUUGGCGGACGUAGUGAUGUGAGCAACGAGCGCUUGUUUAUGUUUGAGUUCCCUGAACGACCAGGAGCGCUAGCCAAGUUCCUCACGACCCUUCGUCCCACCCAGAACAUCUCUCUAUUCCACUACCGGAACUAUGGUGGCGAUGUUGGCAAGGUUUUGGCCGGCAUUCAGUGUCCCGAGUCCGAGAAGGAAGAUCUCGAGGCUUUCCUACGUGACCUCGGGUAUCCGUUCACUGAAGAGACCGAGUCCGAAACAUACAAAACUUUCCUUCGUCGUUAA